AUGUUGUCUCUCGAGGAAUCUCAAAUGGACCCCUUGAAGCUGCUCCCCAGCGAAGUAUGCCUUCAAAUCUUCGAACUCCUGGAUGCUCCCGAUCUCGCUCGUGUCGAAUUGGUGUCUUCUUCCUGGCGCGAGGUUGCCCACAAGUCAAGCGUCUGGCGGACAGCUUUCCUCCGAAAAUACCAACGCCAGAUCCACACCACUCCCGCUCCGAUCCAGGUCGGUGGCGCAGGAUGUGGUCGCCCUAACCGGCCCAACCAGGAAUGGAAGAGGAUGUACAAGGCUCGCAAUGAGCUCGAGGCCAACUGGCGCAAAGGAGCCAAAGGCGCAGGCAAGGCCAUCUACCUCGCCGGUCACACUGAUAGCGUCUACUGCUUGCAAUUCGACGAGGAGAAGAUCAUCACUGGUUCGCGUGACCGCACCAUCCGCGUCUGGGACAUCAACAAUUACACCUGUCAACGUGUGAUUGGAGGCCCCAACGUCAAGCCCGUCAUGGGUCCAAAGGUCCUGAGGACUGUUGACUACCCCGACUUUCACCUGGCCACCGCGAGUGUUAACGGCACUGCAUAUGGCAACACCAUCUACCACCAACCCUCCCAAUGGCAUGACGCCAGCAUCCUAUGCCUUCAGUACGAUAACGAGAUUCUCGUCACGGGCUCCUCGGAUUCGGAUCUCCUGAUCUGGGACAUCAAAACCUACGAGCCAAUCAAGCGUCUAUCGCGCCACACUGGUGGCGUGCUGGACGUGGCGUUGGAUGCCAAGUACAUCGUGUCAUGUUCCAAGGACUCGCGCAUCAUCGUGUGGGAUCGCAAGACGUACGAGCCCAUUGGCGAGCUCACCGGCCACCGCGGCCCGGUUAAUGCAGUUCAGCUCCGUGGCAAGCUGCUCGUUAGUGCGAGCGGCGAUGGUAUCGCGAGGCUCUGGGACUUGGAGCAGAUGAAGCUGGUUAAGGAAUUCAGCGCCAAGGAGCGCGGACUGGCCGCAGUCGAGUUCUCCGAAGACAUGCAAUAUGUGCUCGCCGGAGGCAACGACACGAUCACGUACAAGUUCGAGACGGAAACGGGCAAGGAAGUCAAGCAAUUCACCGGCCACAACCAACUCGUGCGCUCGCUCUGGCUCGACAGCCAAAACAACCGCGUGGUGUCGGGGUCGUACGACCUUGACCUGCGUGUGUACGACUUUGAGACGGGCGACGAGAUCUUCCGCGCGGAAGAAUGGACGACGAGCUGGAUGUUGGCCGCCAAGUCCGACUACCGUCGCAUCGUGGCUACCAGCCAAGACGGCCGCAUCCUAGUCAUCGACUUUGGCCUGAACAAGUGCAACGACCCCGACGAUGGCCAGCCGAUGAUCGAUGGCCUCGACCUCCUGCGCGGAAUCGACAACACCAAUGCCAUCCAAUGGCGCGAUCCGUGGGAGCGGGCGAGGCAGCAGGAACGCGAACGCGAACGCGCGAGGGCGAGAUUGUUGCAGCAAGCGCAGCAGCAACCGCUCUUCUCGUAG